AUGGAAAACACCCGCUGCUUUGCCAACCGCUUCGCGCUGCUCCCGGGCCAGGGCACAGAUGCCGUGGUGCCCGCCGUCAUCUCCACCAUUGACAAAAUCCUGAAAAAGGUCCCGGUCGACAUCAGCGACUACGACGGAGGGCUGUAUGAUGGCCCGGCCGGGGUGGCCUACAUGCUGUAUCAUGUCAGCGAGUGUCCGCUGUUCUCGCAGCAGCGGGACGCCUACCUGAAGACGGCCAAACAGAUCAUCGAUGUGUCGGUCAAAAAUGUGGACGCAGAGCCGGACAUUAACAUGCGUGCUGCCUUACUGCUAGGUGGGGCUGGCAUCUACGCAGUGGCCACAAUGAUAUACAAGUCCCUGGGCUUGGCUGAGUUUGUGAAGCCGCUGACCAAAUUUCGUAAACUGUGGGAGGUGUGUGCGCCCAUCAAUUUUCUGGAGUGCGGCUCCGAUGAGCUGUUUGUGGGACGUGCUGGGUACCUGUGUGCCGCCCUGGUGCUCAAGCAGAAGCUGGGCAUAGAGAUUUUGAGCAAGGAUCAGAUCAAAUCUAUUUGCCAGGCCAUCAUCAUGGGAGGAAAACAAUACGCCAGGAGGAAAAGAAAGCCUUUUCCCCUCAUGUACUCGUACUAUGGGACAGAGUACCUCGGUAAGAGAAAAAACAGAAACUCAGUCAUCCAGUCGUCCUUUGUGAAUGCCUGUGCUUGUGUGCUUCGGUUUGUGUCUGUCUGUGUGUGCCUGGCACGUUGCCUUCUUCCAUGCCUGGUUUGGUGGGUGCAUGCAUGUGUGUCCCUCCCCCCGUUAUCGUCCUCUCAUGCAGGUGUGGCAUAUCUUUUUGCCAAAGCCUACCUGAUCAAUAACAAACCCCAGUAUCUGGACACAUGUAUCCGCAGUGGAGAGCUUGUGUGGCAGAAGGGGCUCCUGAAAAAGGGACCUGGGAUUUGUCACGGAGUUGCAGGCAGUGCUUACGUUUUCCUCCUGCUUUAUCGGCUCACAGGAAACUCAAAAUACAUCUACCGUGCUCAGAGGUUUGCAGAGUUCCUCUUCAUGGAAGAGUUUAAGGCAGGCUCCCAUUCUGUGACCAGUGUCUACAGUCUGUUUGAAGGCCUGUCGGGGACAGUCUGUUUCCUGGUUGACCUCUUGCAGCCAGACCAAUCAGAGUUCCCUCUGUUUAGUGUCUUUGUGUGA